AUGGUUACUGAAUACGUCGAAGACGUAAAGAAUCCCGAGAAGACUAUUGCAGUCGACUCCAUCACCAAGAAGACCACCGAUGAUUCCUCGUUGAACUCGGUCGACGACUAUGUCGCCAGAUUCUUGGAUAUGUCCAACGAAGCUAGAGACAAUGAUCACAAGGAAAAGGUCAUGCCUCUUAGAGAAGGUUUGAAGACUUUCCCCAAGGCUGUCAUGUGGUCCAUUAUUCUUUCCACUGCCUUGGUUAUGGAAGGUUAUGAUACUAACCUUUUGAAUUCUUUGUUCGGUUUCCAAGCCUUCAACAAAAAGUUUGGUCACUUUGAUGAACGUCUCAAUGUAUACAUCAUUGAAGCUAGAUGGCAAACUGGUUUGAAUAUGGGUUACAACUGUGGUUGUGUUAUUGGUCUUGCUAUUGCUGGUUUUAUUGCUGAUAUCUAUGGUUAUAGAAGAACCUUGAUGACUGCUUUGGCUACUUCUGUUGGUUUGAUUUUCCUUCAAUUCUUUGCUCCAAACAAGGAGGUCUUAUUGCUUGCUUACGUUCUUUUGGGUAUUAACUGGGGUUCUUAUCAGACUUUGACUGUGACAUAUGCUUCUGAAGUUGCUCCGACGACUCUUCGAGUGUAUCUUACUACUUAUGUUAAUGUUUGUUGGGUUUUCGGUCAGUUGAUUUCUUCGGGUGUUCUUAAGGGUGUUACUAGUAUGGCAGAAACCCCUAAUUCUUACAGAAUUCCUUUUGCUGUCCAAUGGGUUUGGCCAAUUCCUUUGUUCAUUGGUGUCUAUUUGGCUCCGGAAUCGCCUUGGUUCUUGGUUAAGCGUGGUAGAGACGAAGAAGCCAAACGCUCCUUGAAGAGACUUUUAUCGGAAAACUCACACAUGCCAGACAAAGAUGUUUUGGCUCAAGCUAUGUUGGCCAAGAUUCAAAUGACCGUUCAGGAAGAAGACACUGCAGAUGCUGGUACAUUCAGAGACUGUUUCAGAGGUACCAACUUCAGAAGAACUAGAAUCGCUGCCUUCACUUGGUUGUUCCAAAGUAUCACUGGUUCUUCUUUGAUGGGUUACUCAACUAUUUUCUACCAGCAAGCUGGUUUGGCUGUUAGCAUGUCGUUCACCUUCUCCAUUAUCCAAUACUGUUUAGGUAUCAUCGGAACUGUAGGUUCCUGGUUCGUUUCUCAAAAGGUGGGUAGAAGACCUAUCUACUUUUUUGGUCUUUGCACCAUGUUUGUUCUUUUGAUUUUGGUCGGUGGUUUGGGAGUUGCUAACACCACUGGUGCUAAGUGGGGUAUUGGUACGCUCUUGUUGAUCUUUACCUUUGUCUAUGACUUGACUGUUGGGCCAAUGUGUUACUGUAUUGUCGCCGAAAUUCCAUCAUCGAAGUUGCGUACCAAGACUGUCAUGCUUUCCAGAAACAUGUACAAUGUUGCCAACAUUAUUGUUGGUGUGGUUACUCCAUACAUGUUGAGUCCAACCGCUUGGGACUGGAAAGCCAAGACUGGUUUCUUCUGGGCUGGAUUCUCCCUCCUUGGUUCUAUUUGGGUUUACUUCGAAUUACCAGAAACUAGAAACAGAACCUACGCAGAAUUGGAUAUCUUGUUCCAAGAUAAGGUUCCAGCUAGAAAGUUCAAGACGACUGAAGUUGAAGUCUUUGAUGCUGGCAAGUUGAUGGAAAGAUAUGGUGAAAGAGGAAUCAAGCAAUUUGUCGAGCAUGUCGACAAGGCUGAAGAAGAAGAAAUCUUUGAAAAGGCUUAG